AUGCUCAGUUCGGCUUCCGGGCCAGUCACUCCACAAUCCAGCAAGUCCAUAGGUUAGUAGACAAAAUUGCCUCUUUAUUUGAGAAUAAAAAAUAUUGCCCAGGAUUUUUUCUCGAUGUUGCCCAAGCCUUCGACUGUGUUUGGCAUAAUGGUCUACUUUUCAAGCUAAAACUUUCUUCCUGCCCCUUACUACCUACUAAUUCGCUCAUACCCCGAAAACCGUUCCUUUUCUGUUCGUCAAGGAAACCACUUUUCUUCCAUUUUUGAUAUUGAAGCAGGAGUACCUCAGGGUAGUGAUCUGGCUUCCGAUCUCUUCAAUAUCUUUACGUCGGAUAUUCCCCAAACCAACGACACCAUUUUAGCCACUUAUGCCGACGACACAGCAAUACUAUCAUCCAAUUCUGAUUCCGCCGAAGCCUCCUCGCUCUACAACUCCACUUAA